CGCUCCUCGCUACCGGCCCCCCUGGCCACCCAGGGGCCAGGCUUGUCAGGGGGGCGGAAGCGCGGAGGGGGACGCUUCGGGGGUAUUGAGGCGCCGGUCUUACGGAUCCUCCUCGGGGCGCUGUUGCCUGACUUCGCCGCCGCGGCCUCCAGCAGGGUGUGCGCUCUCCGGGCUGGGGAAAGGCGGAGCACCAUGGUGGAGAAGCGGUGCCCGCGGCUGCAGCGGGACGGUGUGUACCGCUGGUUCUCUGAGCUGCCUUCCCCGCAGCGUGUGGAGUUCCUCUGCGGCCUCCUGGACCUUUGCAUCCCGCUGGAGCUGCGCUUCCUGGGCGCCUGCCUGGAGGACCUGGCCCGAAAGGACUACCACUCCCUACGUGACUCUGAAAUCAAGGCCAACAACCCCGCCGACCUGGGGAGCCUCACCAACCUGACGGACGAGGUGGUACGCAGCAAACUUCUGGUGUCUCUCGCCCUGCUCGGGUCUGCCCACCGUGAGGCAGCCGGAGUCCUCUUCCGUACCCUCACCCACAUCGAUUCGGUCAUCAACAACUAUGGGCUACAACUCAACGACGGCCGCACAGGGGACGAGUUCCUGUUGCUCUUUACAAUGGCAUCCAACCAUCCUGCUUUCAGCUUCCACCAGAAACAGGUCCUGAGGCAAGAGCUCACCCAGAUCCAGAAUAUCAUGGCCAGCACCAGCAAGAAUCCCAGCACCUCUACCCUCGAUGCUAUGCCAACCUAUCCUGGCUGCCAUAAGGUCACUCCAAGAUCCGAGACCCCCAUCAACAGUGUCAGUACUAGUUUAGAAAAUGUACUACAUACAUCAGCACAUUCCAGUGAGGAGUCAUUACCCAAGAGGCCUUCAGGGAAACACUCCAAAGUGAGUGUUGAAAAAGUAGAACUAAAGGGACUGGCACACAAGAAGAAUGAAAGAAAUGUUGAAUAUUCCUUUGAGGUCCUGUGGUCUGAUUCUUCAAUGACAUUGGUAACCAAAUCUUCCAUUGAAGUGACUGAAUUUAUUUCAAAGCUAUCUCAGCUGUAUCCAGAAGAAAACUUGGAGAAAUUCAUUCCUUGCCUAGCUGGUCCAGAUUCAUUUUACCUAGAACGGAACCACAUGGACCUGGAAUUGGACCUUAGGUGUUUGGCACCAUUACCUUCCCAUAUGGUGAAAAAUGACUACGUUAGAAAGUUCUUCAGCACUUCAUCUCCUUCACAGCAACUUCAGAGCUCAAAUCCUGGUGACCCCUCCCUUUAUAAAGUAGGAGCUACACUGGGAACAUCUGGAAGACCUAUAUGUGGAGUGACUGGCAUUCAGUCUUCUCAGAAUCACAUUCAGCACUCAGCUGCUGCUGCCGUUGCACUACCCCACUGUUCCCAUGCAGGAGGUACUGGCUCAUCGUUGGCCUAUCGCACCCAGGUGGACACCUCUUCUUCACCCAUGUUAAUGUCUUCCAGUCCACAGACCCCUCAGAUGCAGGAGCAAAAUGGGAUCUUAGACUGGCUCAGGAAACUGCGGUUGCACAAAUACUAUCCUGUCUUCAAACAGCUCACAAUGGAAAAGUUUCUGAGUCUUACUGAGGAAGAUCUGAAUAAGUUCGAAUCCCUCACCAUGGGAGCAAAGAAGAAGCUCAAGACCCAGCUAGAGUUGGAGAAAGAAAAGUCAGAGAAACGGUGCCUAAACCCCACAACACCUUCUUCAGUUACCAGCAGCGGUGUGGCAAGGGUUCCCCCUACUACACUCGUAGGGCAAAUCCAGAGUAUUCAUGGCAACCAUGCUUCAGAGCUGCGAGUGGAUGUGGAUCAGCCAGCACACCCACUGCCCCCUGAGGGCAGCUCUUCGGAGUACUCCAGCUCUUCUUCCAGCCCCAUGGGGAUCCAGACAAGGGAAGACAGCUCGGACAGCGCUGAGGAGAAUGAGAGGCGUUUAGAGAUUCACUUAGAUGGUUCAGAAAAGGAGAAGUCAGUGAUGUUACUGAACCAUUUCACUUCAAGCUCUACCAGACCCACAGCUCAGGUCUUACCAGUGCAAAAUGACAUGGGCUCCAAUCCGUCCAGCCACCAUGCUCUGCCCAUGCAAAUGAUGUCAGCAACCUCUACUCACAUCACCCCCAUUCGGAUGCUAAACUCAGUGCAUAAAUCAGAGCGUGGAAAUGCAGACAUGAAGCUACUUUCAUCGUCUAUGCAUUCUCUUUUAUCUUUAGAAGAAAGAAAUAAAGUUUCUCCUGGAUCUAGGAGCAGCAUAAAAGUGGAAAAGAGCUUUGGAAAUACAGUGGUGGAUGUAAUGUCUGCAUCUUCUCCCCACCAGCCCUUGCAAGUGCUGUCAGGGGCCACUGAGAACAUCUCACCCACUUCUACUAUUAAUUUUGGUCCUCGAGCCAAAGCUGUGCAUGCUUCAACUCUGGACAGAGUGAUAAAAACAGCUCAGCAGCCAGGAUUAAUAGUAGAAACGAGUACUGCUGCCACUGUAACAUCCAGCACGGUCUUCCAUGUGGCUCGUCCACCCAUCAAACUCCUGGUGUCUUCAUCUCUUCCUACUGAUUCUGCCAUUGCUGGACAGACUUCCUGCUCCAGUAAUAUGCAAAUAACAGUGUCUCCUGCAAUAAUAAAUCCUCGAACUGCUCUGUACACAGCCAACACCAAAGUUGCCUUUUCUGCAAUGAGCAGUGUGCCAGUGGCGCCAAUUCAAGGCAGCUUCUGUGCAAACAGCAACACAGCCUCCUCCAGCAGCCACCCCUCCAUGUCUUUUGUGACCAUGGCCAAUCUGCCCAGCUGCCCCGCACCCAGCUCCAGCCCCACGCUCUCCUCUGUUGCCGAGAACAACUUCUACAGCAGCAGUAGCAGCAGUGGAUCCGCAGGGAGCAUCCCAGUACCAAACCAGAACCACCACCACCAUCACCACCAGCAGCUUCAGCCGCCUGGGUGCAUGGUGUGCAGCUCCUGCGGGUGUAGUGGGAACUGUGGAUCAAGCGGUAUGACCAUCAGCUACACUAACUAUUUUCAGCACCCGUUUUCAGGCCCGUCAAUGUUUACUUUUCCAUUUCUGCCCUUCAACCCUUUGUGUAGUAACAGCUACAUCAACACGCAGCAGUACAACAGCAGCACAGCAUUCCCCAUGGUCCACACCACUUACAACAGUGGUAUAGCACCAGACUCUGUGAUGACUGGACAGUCGACGUUUGCGGUACCACCAGUGCAGAACUUUAUGGCAGGGACAGCAGGGGUGUAUCAGGCACAGGGAAUGAUGGGAAACAGCAAUGGUUCAAGUCACAAAAAAAAUGUGAAUCUCUCCUGUUACAACUGCGGGGCCAGUGGUCACAGAGCUCAGGACUGCAAACAGCCUCCAAUGGAUUUCAAUCGACAAGGUAAAGCAGAAAGAGGGACUGAUACAAGACAUGGCUUACACAUGGAGUGCUGUGCUUAGCCAAGGGGAAUGGGUGCAUGCCCUGAGGGCUGGAGGGAGGCUGAUGGCAGUGCCCUGUCUUUAACUUCUGAUUUGCAUAAACAAAAAUUUGUUCUUGAAAGCUGGUGGGGUUUAGCUGUAUUUGUAAAUUGAACUUGGUUUUGUGCAGACCCAGUGCAAGGACACAGGGCCCAAGUAUGGUCCAGGGUCAGACCUGGGUGCUCUGAAAGGCAAGGGGAGAAGCAUGGAGGGAGGGAAGGAGCUUCUGUUGAUAGGUUGCAGCUGAACUGUUGCUGCUUAUACCUUGUCAUCCAGGUCAUCUUUGGUUCUAAUGGCAAGUUCCCCUGGAAGUUUACCAGCUGAACAGCUCUGUUCCCCCUUUCCCUUCCUCCCCAAAAUAGUAACCUAAAUGAAGAAUUACUGUUCAGAUGCUCCUGAAGGUCCUGUGUUUGCUGCUAUAAUUUUUUUUUAGGGCAUAUUGCUUACACAGUUAUAGCCCAGGCUUCUUCAGGAGAGAGAUGAAAUCCUUAAUUUCAGGUGGGAAACUGCUAAGAUAGAGACAUUACUUUUGCUGAGAGCACUUUCUAGUCCCAUUUUAAUUUAUUUUGAUUGACAUACUGUGGUGGGAUAAUUUGCAUGUGGUAUAGGUUUAAAAAAUGAAAUAUGAACUUUUGACUGGAGGGAACUGCACUGAGGUGCUCAUUUUACACAGUGUCUUGUCUGUAGUGGGUGUCUGUAUUUGGUUUUAUAUGGUGCAGACAAGUAUUUGAACACUAUAAAAAGUUACUCUAGUUUUGAGGCAGCAAUUGAGAGCACUGCUAAAAUGUACAUAAUUAAUGGUGUUUCUGUGGAUAAUAUUUUGAUAGUGGC